UCAAUACUGGCACGCCCCCGUUGUAGAAGCAGAAGUUUUUGCGAAAAACAUAACAAACUAUGUUGUCGGUUGCCUUUUCCUCGGCAAAAUCUCGGGGUUUCAGGUCCUGACAAAGGACUUUGAUUUUUGACUGCUGAUUCGAAACUGUGCGCCGGAAAUUAUGUUGAGAGUUGAGACUGAAAAAGUGGGCUGUCAACACCCUGACCCCUGAAGCAAAAUUACUAUUUUCAACAUAUAUAUUCAGGUGUGUGACCCCUGCAACAUGUCCAUCUGCCGAAGAAAGUGAAAUUCAUUCUCUGUGAUUUUUACAUUUUGAAGCUCAAUACGAAACAAAAUAUCAAAGUAAAAAUAAUGCAGUGCCUGUUCCUUGUAAUGUUGUGCGUGGUCGGCGCCCUGAGCAAGAUUUCUGACCUGCCACCGCCAUGCCCUAGUGAAAUUUACUGUCACGGCGAUUUGUUGAAAACGGUCCAGAUGAAUUCACCGUACGCCGACUCGAAGACCUUUGUCGACAUGAAGAUGCGAUUCGGCGUGGGCGAGACGCUGCUGCGUUUUGAACAAAUGAUGAACUCGACCGGCCAGAACCCUGGCAAGCACGAAAUCGAAAUCUUCCUCAACAACACCUUCGAUCCGGCGGGCAGCGAGUUUGAGGCCUGGGAGCCGUCCGACUGGAAACCCAAACCAAAGUUCCUGGACGAGAUCGUUGACCCUGACCUCAAAGACUGGGGGGUGCAGCUCAAUGACCUGUGGAAGCUGCUCGGCCGCAAGAUCAAGGACGACGUCCGCGUUCACCCUGAGCAAUAUUCAAUCAUCUACGUCCCGAACCCUGUCAUUGUCCCUGGCGGACGUUUCAGGGAGUUUUACUACUGGGACUCCUACUGGAUUGUCAGAGGUCUCCUCCAGUCAGAAAUGUACAACACUGUUAAAGGAAUGCUGAGCAACUUUUUGGCCAUUGUUGAUGAGUUCGGCUUUAUUCCGAACGGCGGCCGCAUUUACUACAGCCAAAGGUCGCAGCCACCUUUGCUGAUCCCAAUGAUGGAGGCCUACUAUCAGCAGACCAAGGACCUCAAGUUCAUCCGCGACAACAUCGGCACCCUCGAAAAGGAAAUCGCCUUCUGGAUGACCAACCACACUGUAGACGUAGACAAGGACGGAAAAUAUUACAAACUGGCUGUGUACGGCGACAGGUCGUCAGGGCCGCGACCUGAGUCCUUCAGGGAAGAUUACGAAACGGCGCAUUACUUCCAUACUGACGAGGAGCGUGAAGAGUAUUAUUCUGAGCUCAAGGCCGCUGCUGAGUCUGGCUGGGACUUUUCCACCAGAUGGUUUGUCCUCGACGGCACCAAUCAAGGCAACAUCACGAACCUGAAAACAAGAAAAAUCGUCCCUGUUGACCUGAACGCCUUCCUCUUCUGGGACAUGCAGAUUGUCUCCGACUUUUACCACCUUUUGGGCAACGAAGAAAGAUCAAAAUUCUACAAGGAUAAGUCCGAAACGUGGCUGGAAGCAGUGACCGAAGUGCUGUGGCACGAAGAGGUGGGCGUCUGGCUCGACUACGACCUGAUCAACGAGAAAAAGCGCGACUACUUCUACCCCAGCAACCUGGCGCCUCUCUUCACAGGUUGCUACGACAAGAAAAACGAAGGUGAUAUCGUCAAGGGCGUGAUGAAGUACCUGCAGAAGACCAACGUAAUGGUCAACCUGGGCGGCAUCCCUGCCUCACUUGAGCACUCUGGGGAGCAGUGGGACUACCCGAACUCGUGGCCACCACUCGUCUAUAUCAUGAUUUACGGCCUGGACAGAGUCGAUGACACUUUCGCCAAAGAACUUGCCUAUGAAAUUGCCGAGCGAUGGAUCCGUGCUAACUACAAAGGCUUCAAAGAGACCCACGCUAUGUUUGAAAAGUACGAUGCCACAAUUCCUGGUGGCUACGGUGGCGGCGGCGAGUACGAGUUGCAACUGGGCUUUGGUUGGACCAAUGGCGUGAUCAUGGACUUGCUGGUCAAGUACGGUGACCGCCUGACCCCCCAGGAAGUGAUCGGGACACAUGAAAAUGCCAGCCCGCCUGAACAUUCGGUAACCCCAGCUCUUGUGUUUCUAGCACUAGUCAUGGCCAGCAUGGCGUUGGUGGUGUACGCUCGGAAACAGAUCGUGGACCAGCGGGGGAGGUUUUGCCCGCGUUUUUUCGGUGACUACCAAGAACUACAGACCAAUUUGAACACAGCAAGUUGAUCAGAACGAAGACAUAGUGAGAUAUUUAAUUGUGUCAGAAAUGUAGUUCAAGAUCUGAAAAAUCUUACUUAGUCUUGCCACGCUCCAGUGACUGAUCUGUGCCAUUUGAAUCUCUCAAGAGCAUAUCGAUGUGUUCACUUGUUAUAACAGUUGAGAUCUUUUUGAAGGUCAAAAUUUUUAUUCAGGUCCAAUAUCAAUUUUUGUACCGAUUCGAAAGAUGCUUUGGAGAAAAUGUUUUUGCCAAAACUGUUCAAUUUAUUUGCUUUCAAAGUUUCUCCGUUAAAAUGGUGGUUUAAUCAACUUUCUAUUUUCCCCAAAAAGCAUUUGUGUGGCGGUGUGACAUAUCAUCAGAAUCGUCUCUGCAAUAGCAAAAAAAUUAUGAACAUCAGAUUAACCAACCCUCUUUAAUAAGCGUUCCUUUAGCUCUCUCAUAUCUUAUGAAUCUCAUUGUAAUUGACCCAAGUAGAAAAACUCUCAAUUUUUGUUGUUAAAUAUUUAAUAAAAAGCAGAGAAAAG